AUGAGGCCUGAGAACCAGAGCAGUGUGUCUGAGUUCCUCCUCCUGGGGCUCCCCAUCCGGCCAGGGCAGCAGGGCGUGUUCUUCACCCUGUUCCUGGGCAUGUACCUGACCACAGUGCUGGGCAACCUGCUCAUCAUCCUGCUCAUCAGGCUGGACUCUCGCCUGCACAUGCCCAUGUACUUCUUCCUCAGCCACUUGGCCCUCACUGACAUCUCCUUCUCAUCUGUCACUGUCCCAAAGAUGUUAAUAAGCAUGCACACUCAGAAUCAAUCCAUCCCCUAUGCAGAAUGCAUAGCACAGAUGUAUUUUUUCAUAUUUUUUACUGAUCUGGACAAUUUUCUUCUCACCUCAAUGGCAUACGAUCGAUAUGUGGCCAUCUGCCACCCUCUCCACUAUAUGACCAUCAUGAGAGAGAGACUGUGUACCUUACUAGUAGCUGGAUCCUGGAUCUUGUCCUGUGCCAGUGCUCUGUCCCACACCCUUCUCCUGGCCCAGCUGUCCUUCUGUGCUGAUGACACCAUCCACCACUUCUUCUGUGACCUUGGUGCUCUGCUCAAGCUCUCCUGCUCAGACACAUUCCUCAAUGACCUGGUCAUUUUCACAGUAGGUGUGGCUGUCAUUACUCUCCCACUAAUGUGCAUCUUGAUCUCUUAUGGCCACAUUGGGGCCACCAUCCUAAAAGUUCCGUCUACCAAGGGCACCUGCAAAGCCUUGUCCACAUGUGGCUCCCACCUCUUGGUGGUAUCUCUGUAUUAUGGAACAAUUAUUUGGCUCUAUUUUAUCCCCUCAUCUAGCACCUCCAGCAAUAAGAACAUAAUUGCUUCUGUGAUGUACACAGUGGUCACUCCAUUGUUGAAUCCUUUCAUUUAUAGCCUAAGGAAUAGGGACAUGAAAGGGGCCCUGGAGAAACUCUUCAGCAGGGUUAUGGUCUUGUCUUAA